AUGAUCUUCCGGGCAACGGCCCUCUCGUGGGUUGUGGCAGCACUGUGCUUCACCCCGACCGCAUUCUCAGUCACCAACUAUGCCGAUGACUUUGUCGACCCCGCCUACAUCCUCGACUUCCAGUACCAGACGGUCACUGCCAAGGCUCAGCAGAUCAUCGUGCAAUGGGCCAACGCGCUCAACUUGGCCUCGCCUUGGAGUGUCACGUCCAAGAAGUAUCUGGCCCCUUCGGGAGACAAGCAUGACUACAUGAGCUGGAGGCCAUACUACUGGCCCAACUGCACCAAUGCUGGCAACACGACGGUGCUCACCGUCGAUGAAAUGUUCAAGACCUGUGACUACUACAACGUGGAUGGUGCGCUCAACCCCGAUGCCCGUCUCAUCAACAACGUCGGCGACUUUGACGACCUGGCAAACGCCGUCCUGUACAAUGCGCUGGCGUGGGGCAUUACUCGUUCCGGAAUCUACUCGAAGCGUGUUGUCUCCUACCUCAACACCUGGUUCCUUGACGCGGACACGUACAUGAACCCCAACCUCAACUAUGCCCAAAUGGCAGGUGGCCCUACUGGCCAGAACGGCACCCAUACCGGUGUCCUCGACCUCAAGUGCAUGGCCAAGAUUUGUGCUGGUGUUGAGCUUCUGCGUCAAGGCAAUGCCGAGGGAUGGAACUCGACAUUUGAUGCCUCCCUUCAGGGCUGGGUCACCCAGUACAUUAGCUGGAUCACCACAGACUCCAUCGCCGUCGAGGAGAAGAAGUCUACCAACAAUCACGGCACCUUCUACUUCGCGCAGCUGGCCUCGCUCUACAUUCUGGCCAACGACACUUCCAAUGCCGCGAGCACCGCCCAGGAGUACUUCACUACUACAUUCAUGGCCCAGAUCAACGCCGACGGCGACCAGCCUCUGGAGUCUGCUCGCACCCGGCCCUACCAUUAUCUUGCAUACAACCUGGCGGCCAUGAUUACUGUUGGUCGUCUUGGCCAGUACGCCGGCUACGAUGGAUGGAACUCUACGUCGACUCUGGGUGGCACCAUCCCGGCAGCUGCCGACUUCGCAAUGGCGUACCCCCCUGGAGCUGAUACCGCCUCCGAGUUGUACCCCUUCAUCGGUGCCGUCGGAGCCAUCUACGGCGACAGCGACAGCACCCUCGCCAGCUGGUUGAACACUCAGACCAACGGCUCGUACAUUUCCGACGCCAGCUACCUUUGGAACCAGCCGUUGUCUGACAGUGGCGUCUCUGCCAACAUGUCGUACAUCACGUUCGCCGCCAACCCCAAGGGAACCGGUACCCUUUCCGUUGGCACUCAACCUACUGGAGGAACAUCCUCCUCCGGCGGCUCAUCGUCAUCCGCUACGCCCCGUUCGUCCGCCGUGUCCUGGUCCACCAUCGGUGCCAUGGUGGUCCUGGCUGUUCUGUGCCACUUGUGA